CGUUUGUGGGCGAAAAGGAGAGGAGAGGGGGGGAAAUCCAAGGCUCCGGGGCGGCGGCGCCCGAUCCACACACGGCACAUCUCGGGGCGCGCGGCGCACAUCCACUCCCCUCCGUUCUCCACGAGUCUACUCCCCCACCGCUAAUAAUAGCCGCUGCUACCCGGCGGGCGGGGCGGACACCCUCUGCCGCCGCCAUGGGAGCGCUCGAGGAGGCGCACCUCGCCGCCUGCGGGUGCGGCGACGAGGAGGAGGAGGGGGAGGAGGAUCUCCUGGCGGAGCUCGGCGGCGGGGAGGCGCCGGGGGACGCCAUGGAGCCGGCGGUGCGCGCGCUGCUGGCGGGGCUCGGCGAGGACGACCGCCGGGAGGGGCUGCGCAGGACGCCCAAGCGCGUCGCCAAGGCCUUCCGCGACGGCACCCGAGGUUACAGACAGAAAGUAAAAGACAUUGUGCAGGGUGCUCUGUUUCCUGAGGUUGGUGUUGACAAAAGGACUGGUUCUGCUGGAGGAACUGGAGGGCAAGUUGUUGUUCGUGAUAUCGAUCUUUAUUCAUACUGUGAGUCUUGCUUACUUCCGUUCAGCAUACAAUGCCAUGUUGGAUAUGUGCCCUCCGGUGGAAGGGUUGUUGGGUUAAGCAAGCUUUCAAGAGUAGCUGACGUCUUUGCCAAGAGAUUUCAAAACCCUCAGAGAUUAGCUAAUGAAGUUUGUGGUGCAUUGCAUGCUAGCAUACAACCUGCUGGUGUUGCUGUUGCUAUGCAGUGCUGGCACAUACCGUUGCCGGAGAACUUUAAAUGCAAAAAUUCGCGAGCUUUGAUUAGAACUUCACAUUCAUCUCGCUCGGGAGUUUUUGAGGGUGAGAACAGCUCCUUCUGGAAUGAUUUUUUGGCUCUUCUUAAGCUUAGAGGCAUAGACAUGGAGAUGGACAGCCAUUCUGCUUCUUUAACUUGGUGCCCCUUAAGGCCUCAUGAGGUUCCGCUUUGCAAUGGGCACGCAAAGAGGAUUACAACUAAUGGUGCUAGCUCAGCAAAAUCUGCAUCCAUUCCAUCUAAUAUGGUUUCUGCUGUCAGCUCAAUGCUCUUGUCUCUUGGUGAGGACCCCCUCAGGAAAGAACUUCUAGGCAGUCCUCAGCGUUACGUGCAAUGGCUGAUGAGGUUCAGAGCAUGCAAUCUUGAUGUGAAGCUGAAUGGUUUUACACUUAACAGUGCAAGUGUAUAUGAGAGACCAGGCGAAGAUGCUACUGAUCAUCGAGCAAUUAGUUCUGAGCUGCAUUUGCCAUUUUGCGCCCAGUGUGAGCACCACCUCCUGCCGUUCUACGGAGUAGUGCACAUUGGUUACUUUGGCAGUGGAGAUGGUGAAGGGAUCAACCGCUCACAUUUUCAGGCUCUGGUUCAUUUCUAUGGGUGCAAGCUUCAGGUCCAGGAAAGGAUGACAAGACAGAUAGCUGAAGCAGUUUAUUCAGUCUCACAUCGUGGAGCCAUAGUUGUUGUAGAAGCAAACCAUAUCUGCAUGAUAUCAAGGGGGAUAGAGAAAAUCAGAAGUAGUACAGCAACAGUUGCAGUUUUGGGUCAGUUUUCGACCGAUUUUUCUGCCAAGGCAUCCUUUUUACAGAACAUCUUAGAUACUGCUAAUCAGGAAGUAUGAGUGGCUUCAGAUCAUAUACUGAUAGAAUCUCAGCCAAAAGAUACAAUGAUUCUAAUCCUCGGUCAUCAUUUCAGCAAGGCAGGCACUGCGACGACUAUAUAUAUGGUUUGAAGUUGUCAUGCAGCUAUGGCAUGGUUGCCAUUUUACCAGCCAUUGCAGGCGGGAGCGACCAGGACCUCGUCACGUGGAAUGUUGUGUCUGAAGAAGAUUAACCAGAAGCACCAAAAAGUUUUGGUUCUCCCGUGUUGUACCAUUUUCGUUUGAAUGGCAUGUCAAAGUUAUCCAGCGUUGUAGGUGCGGCGGCUGUGCCGAGCAAUACAGUAUAAAUGUUUUAAGUGGUUGUCUCAUGUACUAGCAAUUUUGGUAUCAUUCCAGCUUCUGUU